AUGGCCGACAAACCGACGCGAGCUCGAUCUGUUGAAUUUAUCUCUUCUCAAUAUGAUGAGCUUUCUCAAUUUAAAGAAACAGCCAAAAGGCAGAUACAAGAUAUACUUACUAGAGUCAACAAAAUUUCAGAAAGAUGUGAUCUGAUUGCAAAAACUGUCGAAGAAUCUGAAGCAUACAGCUAUCAGUUCAAUGUUAAAAUGGAGUACCAGAAAUAG